AUGCGCCAUCCAUAUGGCCAGCCGCGAUGUACCUUGGCUGAUGCCAUUGCACAACUCAAGGCUGCGCGAGCCAGGUGCUUAGCAGUGCAGGAGGAGAAUCUUGCGAAGCGCCUGAAGAUCGAUGAGAGUGAAAGAUCGUUGCCCGACGUUGCCGGGCCCGACGGAGGGCCCAGUGUCAAAAGCGAGAAAAAGGACCCCACCGAGAGGCUCUGGAAACAUGAAGAGCCACCUCCUGCGAAGCUCGCAGGGAAAGACUGGGAGGAGAGUCGUACACAGAAGGAGCUCAAGUUGAUUGGUGAGACCACCGAUGAUCCAUGGACCUACUUUUUGAAAGACGAGUCUCGACGCAGCUUCGCAGGGCACCUGGCGAAUCCAUUCGGGAAAGCUCUUUGUGCUUCAUGGUUUGCGAAAGUAAGAGUUGGAACAAAAUGGAUGCAACCUGCCACCCGAUGGGGGCCUAUGCCACGCAAGACUGCAUGGAUGGUCGCAGCGAACUUCAACUGCACUUAUGAGUAUGGUGGAAUGACAGUCCAACCAACUCCGUAUCCAGUUUGGAUGAUUCAGCUGAUGCAGGAAGUAAUGCCUCAUUGCGGUUUGAAGGAAUUGAGUGAGUUUCCCAACAGUUGCAACUUGAACCUGUAUGAAGACAACACACAGAUGGUUGGUUGGCAUGCUGAUGAUGAAGAGCUAUUUCAAGGAAAGUUUCAGGAUUGUCGGAUCAUUUCCUUAUCUCUGGGGGCCACACGUCGUUUUGAGCUGGAGCUCAACUGGCCCGAGGAGAAUGAGUGCCUCGGUGCAUCUCAACAGCUUGCAGAUGGCGACCUCUGCACCAUGGAAGGAAUGACCCAGAAGCAUUAUAUGCAUCGAGUGCCUGAAGAGGAUGUGCCACUUCAGACCGUGCUAGCGGGCAAAGACGAGCUUCCUCUUUCUGAUGGUCCGCAGAUCCGCUGGUUGAAUCCAGCGUGUCGAUGCUUGCGAGGAGGUGAAUUGGAGACCGCGGUGGACGAGAACCCGUCGGAGGACCGCGGCCAGUCCUCUGUCCGGUUAAGGCCAGUUCUUUGGGGCCUUUUUCGCCCAAAGCCCCGAGCAAAGAGGAGGACACCGAAAUCAGUGUUUGGCUCCCUCUGA